AUCGAACGUCCGUGUGGGAGCCGGCGGCCGGCCGGGCGGCGCGCGGGCCAAUCAGCGGCGGCGGCUCGCGGUCCCCGAACGUUGGGCCCGGCGGCCCCGCCCCGCGCUGUUGUUUGCGGCGUCGGCGCGGCCGCGCGAGCCGAACCACAACAUUCGCCGGGCGGCGGCGGCGGCGGCGGCGGCGGCGGCGGAGCUGCGAGCGCGAGCCCGGGGCGGCCGCCCAGCGCCAUGUCGGUGAACACGGACGAGCUGCGGCACCAGGUCAUGAUCAACCAGUUCGUGCUGGCCGCGGGCUGCGCGGCCGACCAGGCGCAGCAGCUGCUGCAGGCGGCGCACUGGCAGUUCGAGACCGCCCUGAGCACGUUCUUCCAAGAGAGCAACAUUCCCAACAGCCACCACCACCCGCAGAUGAUGUGUACUCCCAGCAACACCCCUGCCACACCACCUAACUUCCCUGAUGCACUAGCCAUGUUCUCCAAGCUUCGAGCCUCUGAGAGCCUGCAGAGCAGCAACAGCCCCAUGACAGCGGUGGCCUGCUCGCCCCCUGCAAACUUCAGCCCCUUCUGGGCCGCAUCCCCACCCAACCACCAGACGCCCUGGAUCCCACCCUCUUCCCCCAACUCCUUCCAUCAUCUGCACUGCCCACAGCCCACGUGGCCCCCUGGAGCGGCACAGGGGCCCACCCAGCAGAAAGCCAUGGCAGCCAUGGACGGCCAGAGAUGAGACUGGAUGGCACUGGGCUGGAGCAGGGGCAGUCCAGGGUUGUGGGGACACAGAGCAGGGCUGGGGAGGGGGACAUGAGGGCGGGGUUUCUUGAAGAUCGCACUGGAAGAUUUUUUAGGAGAAUUUUUGUGGGUGGGGGUACAGUAAACAUCCUGAGCCACUUGGGUUCUUCAGGAGUUUCUCUUUGGGAAAGUUUUUUCCUCUUUUUAAUAUAUAACUAUAAUAUAUAUGAAUAUAAAUGUAUGUGAGGGGGCCUGCGCGUGAGGGAAUCUCUCCUUGUCAACACCUUCCUCUGCCUAAUUUGGGGUAACAAGGGUGCUCAUUCAGAUGGAGUGAGUUUGCAGCUGGGUGGAUAUGCUGCCUUUAAAGUCACGUUGGCCAUUAGGAGCCCCCACCCCAAAGGGAGGUCCCAAAAGGGUCCUGUUGGAAUCAUCGACUUUCCUGCCCCAUCAUUGGUAGAUGGCGUUUUCAUCUCAGCUGGUGGUGGCCUCAGUGGCCCUGAAACUCAUCACCCUGUCCCCAGCUGAGUGUGCUGAGCUCCUAGGACUGAAGAGUUGGCUGACCUCUGAGUGGACACUUGGCUGUCCCAUCCCUUACUGUCCUGGCUGUCCCACAGGUCUCCAGCCUCUGGCUAGCCACAGAGGAGGACAACUCAGGAGAGCUCUUUGGAUUGAGUUCCUAGAUUAAAAAUCACAUCUCACCAGGGUGCAAUUUUAAUUUAAAAACUUAAAGACUUUUCUAACUUC